UCGCCACUGUCGAUCUUUUUCUCUCCGAAACCUUCUUCUUCUUGGAAGUGGUUGUUAGCAUCGCUUUUGUUGAGGAAGAGGGGGGAAAGCGGAAGAUGGGGAGGGGGAAGAAACCGAAGAAGAGCAUGAACACGGCCAAGAAGAAGGGGAACCGGGACUCCAAACCCAGAAGUAUUGAAAGAUUUGGAGAGGAGGAUAUGGAUGAUGAAAUCGAUGCCUUUCAUAAGCAGCAGGACGUCAUUCCUCUUGAUGUCGACCGACAUGCUGACCUUUCGGAUGAAGAUAUUGAGGAGCCGGUCUUUGAUGUUGAGGCUGACGAUGAUGAUGAUGAUGAUGAGGAGGAGGAGGAGGAGGAGGGUGAUGAUUCUGAACUCUCUGGCCUGGCAGCUAAGAUCGUAAGACAAAAAAAGUAUCUACGUGCAAAGAUGGGUGGAGUUGAGGAUGAGAUGGAUGAAGAAGAUCAACCUGACGAAGAUGAGGAUGCUGGUUGGGGUCAAAGUAAGCGCGCGUACUAUAAUGCCGACAAUAUUCAUGAGACCCAAUCGAGCGAUGACGAAUUGGCCCUUGAAGAAGAAGCCGAGGUGAUAAGGUUACAGAAAGAACGAGCAAAAUCACUUCAGAUGGAAGAUUUUGGGCUUGAUGAGGAUGCUGAGGAGAUGAUGAUUAGCAUGUCUGCUGGUGAGCCAAAAAUGACAGUCGAGAAGAAGUCCAAGAAGCUAGCUGAUGUAGUUGAAGAUGCAGAUGAUGAGUCAGAGAUUUAUAAGGUCGAGAGAGAUAUCAAUUCCUUAUCAAAAGAGGAGCAGAUGGAAGUUGUUUUUAGUGCUGCUCCAGAACUAGUUGGAUUGUUAUCAGAAUUAAAUCUUAGUCUUGAUCAGCUUGGUGGGGAACUUGGGCCUCUUGAUGCCAAGAAAAAUGGGAAAGAUAGCACAACCAAUGGCAGAAUGCAUUAUUUGGAGGUGAAACGUCUCCUUUUGCUUAAUUAUUGCCAAGCCAUUGUGUUUUAUCUUCUUCUAAAGUCAGAAGGCCAUCCUAUUCGUGACCAUCCGGUUCUUGCCCGGCUUGUGGAAAUCAAAAGCUUGUUAGACAAGGUAAGCCAGAUUUGUCCAACAACUCAUCAGGCUGUUGUGGAAACACUGGACAAUGAUGGCGAAUAUGGUGGGCAAGAUAAAACCAAUACUGUUGACUACAUAAUGCAACAUGAAAACCACAAAAGAAGUCUCAGUAAUGACCAACUUAAAUCAUGUGAAAGUACACAGCUAUAUGAAUCAAAUGGAGAUGUUGUAUUGGAUAUGACAAAGCCAUUGGAUACUAAGGAUGAAUUGGAAAAGGUUGGUGCAUUGGGUCAAGAAAGCAUGGAAAUGCUCAAAGUAAGAGCGAGCCUUGAAGAAAAACUGAAGCAAAAGGGCAUAUACAAAUCAGCAAUUCCAGAAAAAGCGUCAAAAGCAAAAAAUUCACGUCUCUCAAGGAGGAAGCAUGAUACUCUAGAUGAUUUUGAUGAUGAGGAUGGACCAAAGUCUGUAUCCACCACAAUUGCAAGUGAUAAGCAUGUGAUAAAACUAUCUCAACUUGUGACAAUGGCGGGAAAGGCAGUAAAAAGGCCCAAGCUUGUUUCUGGUGAUGCCGACUUACCGAAGAGGGAAGAUAUUGGAGAAAGGCGAAGAAAACAUGAUCUUCAAUCACUAGCGAAGCCUCAAGAGGAUCUGGUAGCAGAUGUUGAAGAUGAUACCAAUGCAUCAGAUUUUGAGGAUGAGUUUUAUAAGGAGGUGAAACAGAGUCGGGCUGCAAAAGUUGCUGCCAAAGCAGAGGUCUACACUCGGAGUACCAUACUUCAGUCUUCAUCAGAGCCGGAAGCUCAUGGGAAAAGGCAGAUUACAUAUCAGAUGGAGACAAACAAAGGACUAACCCGGAAAAGGAAGAAGCUUACAAAGAUUCCAAGGAAAAAGUACAAGUUGAAGCACCAAAAGGCAGUUGUUCACCGAAAAGGACAGGUUCGUGACCUUAGACGUCCAAGUGGUCCAUAUGGAGGGGAAGAAGCUGGAAUAAACACAAGGGUCAGUCACAGCGUCAGAUUCCGGAACUAGAACAUUUGUUGAUACUGAAGCUUGUUUUGAUAAGCACCUUUUGGAUGUCAUCUUCUUGGAAAGUAUCAGCUCGAACGUAACUGCGAUGCAGAAUUCAAGGAAGAAGUGUAUUGUAGUGAUUUUUUUAUCCUGCCAGAGAGAAGUCGUUCUUUGUAAAGAACACAUCAAUCUGUCAUUGUACCCUUCAUUUUUGAAGUGCCGCCUUGCUUCUGUUUUAAGGUGGGGGUAGCCAUAUUAUUGUUACUGUCUAUGAGACCAGGUCUGUGGCUUCUAGAUUGGCCCACCUCAAGCAAUGUGCUGUUUCGUCUAAGUUAGUUGAUUAUGACAGUUUUCCUGGUUAACCAUUAAUCAAAUAAGUUCCCCAUUCCA